AUGCCCUCCAAUAGGCCGGCCAAUAUCGUUCAUCCUCAAUCUAACGUCACUACGAGCCAUGGCGCCUCAUCUUCAGCACCACUCUCAUGGCUCCUCGAUUCAGCGGCAGCGCAUCAUGUCACCGACAAGCUCGACCACUUAGCUCUCUCGAAAAAGUAUGACAGUAUGGACACCAUUGCAAUCAUCGAUGGCUCAGCCCAUGGGGACUCUAAUGCUUCGGGGACGCGCUAG